AUGGCCGCAACAAACUCACCCACAGAAGAGGAAGUUGUUAUGCGCUACCAGCAGCUCCGUCAAGAGUGCCUCGCCAUGGACUCACGCAUCUCCGAACUGGAGAACGAGCUGCAUGAGCACCAGUUGGUGGCGGAUACUCUCAAGCCACUGAACGGUGAUCGCCGGUGUCAUCGCCUUGUGGGUGGGGCGCUCAUUGAACGCACAGUUGCAGAUAUAUUACCCGAGCUUGUGGAAAAUAUUAAGGGUAUCGAGGAGGCGUUAGCGCAGCUGAACAAGAUGCUGACAGAAAAGCAAGCAGCGAUGGACGAAUACGCGAGGAAGCAUGGUGUGACCGUAGCCCAGCGGCAGGGUCAGACCCCCGCUGGUGGAGGUGGCGCCAAUAACGAUGAAGGGGAAAAGAAGCCGAUGGGCGCAGACAGCAGGGGUGUUCUGGUAUGA